GGAGGAGCCGCCUAAGCAGCGAGGCAAGUUAUUGGAGGAGGAGAGCUUGUCGUACCUGUGAGGCCCUGGAUUGGAAGAUUACAGCAGAAAAGGGCUGUGACUCCAGUAUGCAGCACCCAGGCCGGCUGAGGCUGAGGCCGUGGCUGGAGGAGCAGAUCGAGUCUGGGAGCUACCCAGGAGUCAGCUGGCUGGACCAGGCAGCACAAAUCUUCCAAAUCCCGUGGAAACAUGCCGCUCGUCAUGGAUGGAGUAUUGACCGAGAUGCUACACUCUUCAGGAGUUGGGCCAUGCACACAGGGCGGUACCAUCCAGGCAAAGAUACACCGGACCCCAAGACAUGGAAGGCAAAUUUCCGCUGUGCCUUGAACUCGCUGCCGGACAUCUCUGAGCUGCGGGAGCACAGCAGAAAGAGAGGCAGCAAUGCCUACAGAGUGUACAGGAUUCUGCCCAAAACACCAACUCACAGACGCAGGAGGGGGCUGCAGUUGUUCAGCAGGCCGCGAGAAAGACAUGGGAGUUUAGUUGAUGAAACACAAACUACACAUGCCUGGCAACCAAGAACGACAAGACCCAUUUCAGACAUACCGCAGAAGGUUGUGACGCCCGCAGAAGGCCCAUUUGGUAACAUGCAAACACACGGCAUGUGGGAUGGCAGACCAGAGGAGCAGGAGCAGAAUGAAGCUGUGUUUAAGUUGAUGGACCACUUGAAUAACACUGACGUCUGGAACCAGUCUGAGGAGCAGAGGGAAUGGAGAACACACACACUGUGGGACCACUGGCACCGUGCUGGGGAUGAUGACCCGUACUCUCUGCACACAGAGAACUACAGUGAGCUGUUUGGUCCAAACCACAUCAAGGAGCUCUCCGAUUGGUCCACACACCAGCAAACACUGAUGCUGUAGUUUUGCACUAAACAACUCAUCGUUUCUGCAGUUUGCAUUCUUGCUUAUAUUCAGCGUCUUUCUUCCUGCUGUCUGUGUGAUGAGCUGACCACUGGAAAUAAGAAACUAAAUUGCUCUGUGAGUCAGUCGGGCGGUCAUCCCCUCUGCUGAGCACGCUGAGAUGAAGAUCCUGUUCCAAGCCAAGCUUUCCUCUGUCAUCAUCAAUUGGGUUCAGUGCCUCAAACGUACUGACAUGACACCAAGCUCUCACCACAGCUCACUCUGUAAACUGAUCUCACGCUUCACUGCACGAUCACUUAUUUCUUUGAGUUUCACUGGAUGUUUAGCGAACAUAGGAGAAGCACACAGAGGCAUGACAAUGUGGCUGCAACAGUUUGUAGGCUGGGGGGUGGAGCUUAAAACAC